GUCGUUCGUCACGACAAUAGAUAUUUAUACUAGAGCACUUCCUAAGAUGGGUGAUGGCUUGCAUGGAUUGCAAUGCAUUGCAUGGAUGGCAUGGCCAGGCGGAGCGAAGGCGUGACCUUUUUAAAGGGGAAGCGCGCACUUCUCUGCUUGAACGCAGCGCCCCGCCGGACAAGGCCACAGGAGGGCCGUUGCCUUGCUUAUCUUGUUGCGCUCUGCCCGCCCGCGGAUAGGGGGGGCCGUUUCUCGUAGGGGUGAGGCCGCGCGGUUCGAGCUGGCUGCAGGGAGGACGCAGAGCCCCUGGCGCCUGGCCGCGUUGGAGAUGCCAGGCAGCAAACUAGCUUAGACAUUCGCAGCUAGAUGGAAGCCGGGCCCCUAAGCAAGUGAAUAAUGGUCGAUAGGCGUAAGCACUUAAGACGUUAGAUUAUGAAGUCCCCCAUUGCCCCCCGGGAUGGCAUUGCCAUGCUUGCGACCAGUGUGCUUACAGUAUAUCGAUACUUAGCCUUUUUCGCUAUGGGUUCGCGUUAGAAGUAACAGGAAUUCGGUGGCUUUUGGCUUUCAGUCUCGCCUUGGUUUCCGGCUGGGUUUAAGUAGGCACGCAGCAAGUGCGCUAGUUUUCCUGCGUGCACAGGCUGCGGCGCGUCUCUAUGGUCCCCUGCGUUGCCGGCGUUGGGGAGGUGGUCUUUGGGGGGGUGUUCUGACUGUUACCUGCGUACGCUGCGCCCGGAUGCGAAUGCUUCGGAGUUGCUUGCGCCCAAGCUGUUGGAAGGUGAGACGCGACUACAGUAAGUGCGGACGAUGGCGCCCGAAGGGCGCCCUGAAAAAAAUCUUAGUUCUAAAGAAUGCCAUCCAUUGCCAUGCAUGCAAUCCAUACCAUGCAUUUUAGAAAUCCGGAAAAAGCGAAACUCUCUAUUAUACUUCGCUACGUCCUACUGGCUGAUUUAUUCUAUAAGAAACCAUGAAUCAGGGAUACUAUGUCGAUCUUGCUGCGGCACACAUACGUCGAGCCAUCCUAUCGCAACACAAUGACGCAAGUGGCGCUAGAGGUGCUGCAGCCGAAGUCGAACAAGAAGAACAGCCACAAUUAUUGGAAGACGAGUCGACCCCUGUGCCACCUCUGAAAAAAUCGAGAAGCGUUGCCGGAAGAACAUCAUCUGGCAUCAAUGAUAUUGACAACCUCGACUUUACAAACGAUGGUGCCCUACUCAAGUGGAUGCUAUCUUCUUCUUCGUCAACGCCAGGAACAGCCACAUCCAAGACUACGCAAGACCUCCGCAAAACCUUGUACCGCUUCAAGCGAUACGAGAAGUUGUUGCCCAGAGUGCAGGCAGUGAUAGGGGUAGUAAAAAGCCAAUAUGUUACGUCUAUCCUGGACGUGGCGAGUCAAAGAGGAGCGCUGCUGUUUCCACUGAUCUUAAGGAAAGAAAUAGAAGUUCCUGCUUUUCAAGAUCUUGCUGGUGAAAUGAUGAUCUUGUUGAGUUAUACAUUGGACAACUUCUUAACAUGAUGCUUCCUUGUCGUGAUGUUUUGUUAUUAAGUUAAAAAAGCGAUUCGUCCUAUUCAUUGAAUUCUCCUUGUAUAAGUAGGAAGGAUUCAUCAGAAAAAGACUUCUGCUUCCCCUAGAGUUGCUAAUAACCGCCUCCACCGAUAUUCAAUCUUCAGUGGAACGAGUGGUGUCGAUUGACAUUGAGCCUGCAAUCAUCCAGUUCCUCAAAACGAUCGAAUCCAGUACUACCUGUCGAAAUCUGGCAUUCGAGGCUCGAUUAGCAGACUUCACGGACUUGCGAAGAGAUCUAGAUUUAGAUCUACCUUCAGCUUUGUCGAAUUUGAAUCAUGUUGAACUUGAUGAGGCGAGGAUUGCUCAUGCUGGUGGUCGGGUCCAGAACCGUAAUGCGGAAAUUUUCGCAGACGAGGCAUUUGAAUGUGUCAUCUGUUCGGAAAUCCUGGAGCAUCUCACGUCUGACGGUAUCCGUAAAGCUGCAAGGGAGGCCCUGCGUGUGACGUCGCGAAUAGUUGUGUGUACAGUACCGGCCCAGCCGGAUAGCAAUCCAGAACACGUACAACUUUUCUACCAUUAAGGCUUCAAGUAGGAUGAUCCAUCUUCAUCUGAAGCAUCUUAGAUGGACCCUUUUUCAAAGAAAAAAGUCCCAGAGCUAGAGGGCGCCUAAUUCAAAUAACUACAAAGAAGAUCAUACUUCUCUCUCAGAAUAGCAAUACAGAAAGAAAAAAACUGCACGGAACAAGAAGAGGAUACGUAAGAUUAAGAAGAAGGAAUCUACUAUAAACUACUACUUCUAACACUUCAAAAAGCCGCAUGAUAUGUCGAAAAUUACGCGCAGAGUCCAAGAAAACCAAGAAGACUUGGAGAAGUUGUGGCUCGAUGCGGGCGCUUCAAGCGUCAAAAUUCAAUUCGUCCAAGACGCAGCUAUUUCCGUGCUACUAGCGGUUAUUCAAAAGUAGUCGUAGAAGCGAUGAAGGCCAGGCUUCGAUUUCAGCAAGACCGACGCACAUGCCUACCUUUGGAAGACGUCGUUUUUGGCUCAAAGCGGAAGAGGAGGAGGAGGAGGGGUAAGUAUGUCGCUCGCGUGGUGCUGAUGCCACACAUCAUGGUUUUGGCUCUUAAAUAAAGUGUCAGCAUGGUGAGGAAGUCUCGUUCAACUUCAAAGAAAUGUCAAAGACUUUGGCUGAUCGCUACAGUUGCAGACUUUCUGCUUUGCAUUGCUCAUAUGCUCGUGG